UGCAACAGGCUGGAGAAAGCGAAAACGCUUCAGUUUACCAGCCAUGUGAUAAUGUCUGGUCGCCUCAAAUCUACCAUUUUCAUCGAUGACGGGCCACUUACAUCGCCUUCUUUUCCGACAUCGGUAUUAAUUUCGUAAGGAAUGAUGCUGUGAUUUUUUUUAACGACCAUCAUUCACUGUUGUCUUGGCAGCCAAACAGAUCUAUGCCGGUGUGCUGAUCGAUCGAUGAGGUGGGAUUUUGUCAUCUCGAUUUGAGCGCGAAAUCAUCUCUACGGACUCUAUGACGCUCAGCAGGAGAAAGGGUGUGAAUCUUAUACUGUCAGUCGCAGUGUAUAGCAAGCCUGAGAACUGAUUUACAAAAUGGCGUCUGGUCGAGCGAAGCGGAAGCGACUAUAUCAUCAGACACCCCCAUCCAUCGACAUCAGAGUUAAAGUAUGGAAAUGUGUAAAGGUAUCGGCCGAAGUUGCAGCGAGUGGGAUCGCAACUGUGUCCGCGUACAUCAUGAUGUUGUUGGCAUACCUGACCUACCUCAAUCCGAUACCCUUCCUGGUUGCUACCACUAAAUCACUCUUCACAAGACAACGUAAUCGACGGAUGCUUACUUACAAGAACUAUCAACCCGUCACAUAUAAACCAUCCAUGAUUGAAAGAUUUAAAAACACAGUCAAAAGUGAGCGGUCCCUCAAGAGUGAACUGAUGAUUUGGCUAAACACAAAACUUCCCCCUACUGUCGUCGUCGAUGACUUCAAGGACAGUUGGUCGAACGGAGUUUGCCUGUGUUCCCUGAUCGAAGCAGUAGUGCCUUCUACAUGUCCUCGCUAUGAUCUUCUCAAGCCAGCGAAUCGCGUCAACAACUGUCGACUUGGAAUGACUCUCGUUCGAAAAAAUCUAGGGAUCGAAGAGCCAAUGGAGCCCGAGGAUAUGUCGAUGCCAUCUCGAACAAGCGAAACAAAGCUUCUUCGUUACAUCCAGUCCAUACGUUAUGCCAGUACGAUACCAGUAGAAACCCCUUCCCACAAGACAGGUCCCUGGAGCAAUGAAGGGGCGUGGCCCAAGAAAGCCACUUUUGGUGAGGUGGUAGUGGACGAGGAGAGAAAACAACUUAUGGAAGCCGAUAAGGUUGAUUGCACGGCAAGUGGCAGUGGCCUUGUGAUGGCGAAAAUCGGCAAACGGGCCAAGUUUAACGUCUACACACCCAGAUUUAUUACCAAGAGUCUCUACAUCCAUAUUAAAGGUCCUUUGGGAGAAAGUGUUCGACGGAAAAUCAUUAACCAUCUCCCUGGAGGCCGCCCCCAUCGUGAUGACCCCGAUUCUUCCAAUAUGAGUGCAGCCUCAGUAGAUGAAGGUAACACGUCAUCAAGUACGUCGUCAGCUUCAGGGGGUGUCAUUCCUUGUGAUUACCAGUGUGUUCGCGAAGGCCACUACGAAGUCAGUUACAUCCCCCAAUCUGAAGGAGCUUAUGAGAUAACAGUUACCUGGGGUGGAGAGCACAUCCGUAAUAGUCCUUUCAUCGCGCAUUCAUCAGUAGCCGUGAAACGUUCUCUCCCAGAUACAGACCCCUCGGACCCUUCUCGCGUUGUCUGCUUCAUGCAUGAGAAUAAAAGUCAGGGUGACGCAGGUGUCGAAGACAUUAAUGAACCACCAUCCGUGGAAUCAACGAACAACGACAUUCCUCUCGGCACAGCAGACUCGAUCGAACAAGAGUACGCACCCAAAUACAACGCGCGAACAAGGAGGCGACAGUCUUUCUGUCGUCAAUCUCACGUCAAUACUCUUCGAGAGUCCUACGAAAGCGGAGGAAGCACGUCACCUUACGACAGUCGUUGUAGCAGUAUGAUGACGAGCAGCACAGAACGCAGUAUGGAUAGUGAUGUCUUCUACCCCUAUGGCUCAGCGAGAACAUCUUCCUUCAUGAAUGCUUCUCGUCGAGGUCUCAUCAGUUCCUCGUCAUCUAGAAGUUCUAUGAUGAGUCAUCGAAGCAGUUCCAUUUUAAGCAGUGGUGGAGACAGACCAGGAACAGUCAGAACCAGACGAAAGGUGAUUAAGCGCACUAUUCGAGGGGCAGGUGGUAAAGAAGAAAUACAGUAUCCAAGUAGUGCCGACAUGUCGUCUAUGUCCAACACCUCCUCCUUCAUGGGGAUGUCUAUGUCUGGAUUCUCACCAUCAUACACCACUAAUGACCAGUCAAGCGCAAGUGGUUCUCUUUCUAUUAGCGAUGAGCGUGUGACUACAGGAAUGAGUAGCUCCACCUCAACGGCUCCAUCUCCAACUGUUCUCGCUCCUGUUCCAAACUUAGCAAUAGCUGACAGGGAGAUUCACACCUUUGCUGAUCGCGUUUCCAAACGGGUGAUGGGGACAGCUAUGUACGAUCUUUCAAAGAAGGCUGUCCUUAAGUCCGGCACCUACUCAGGUCCAGCUUCUUCAGGAACAAUGAAGGGUAACGACAUUAAAAACCCAGGAGAGAAGCCCCUUGACUCUGGUCGUCAACUGUCUUUUGGUUUUGAGCAGAAGAAUGUUGAUCAGUCACUUUCAAAGGAAAAUGCUACUCAUAUCACAAAAACUGUAAAAACACAAAUGGAUGAUUCAUGUCAUAAUCAAGUUACAAGCGAGGAAAGGGCCGCUCGUAGUAAAAAACCGCAAAGUCCUAAGUUCCUCGACAUUUCCAAUGGUAUUGAGGACGUUGGCAACAAGCCAGUAGAAUCCCAAAAUACAAUAGAAUUUGAGCCACAGUUAGGAGUCGACUCUUCAAGAAAUGCUAAGGAAAGCAGCUCAAACAGUUCUUCAACAACGACAUCAGCAGAAAGAGAACAUAUAGACGAGGAAUCCGGAUAUUCCACUCUGGAAGAUAGUCUGAGGUCAUCUGAUCGAGCUCUCCAUUUGCUUCGACAAGUCAACAAUAAAGACGCACAUACGAAGUCCAUACCAAGUAAACACACCAGUGCUUUCGAAGUUCGGGGUUUUCGGCCGGUAGAGCCAUCAGUUGAAAACACUGUCGAUAACAAGGAAGUUCGCAGGGAUUCUAGUGAUCAAAUACAUACUCCGAAGCCUCAAAGACAAUCUAAGAAUCGACGUCGAACGGAAAAACAAACACAAUGUACGGCUGAUGACAUCAAGAGAGAAACUGGGUGGAUCAGCAGAAGAAGUGCCUUUACGAAACAAAAGCGAAGAGAACUAACUGAAACGUCUUUGGAACAAGUAAAACUAAGCAAGAUGAUAUCCCCACAAACCACAACAACAAGCCCUGCUCUGUCAGAUACAAGCGAAGGGCGUGAGCGCGUAUCAUUCCAUAGAAAGAGGUUUGAAAGCAAGACACCUUCACUAGAGAAUAUUCGACAACCAACUGCUUCUAAAGCAAAAUUAAGUUCUAGAUCAGUUGCCAGGCAAUCGACAUUUGACAGCGGUUAUUCUGAUGAAAAUGGACACAUCCUCAGCCUCAAUGGUCGUGACCGUUCAAACUCUUCCUCGAAGAAUAAAAUGGUACGCGUGGGUAAUGACAUUACUAUGGCUAAUGCCCAGAUUUCAUCAACACCUCAGCCCAUACGGCCCGUUAGAGAAAAAGACGAUAUCGCUACAACAGCAAACAGCUACAAGAACCAAGGGAAUGAGACCAAAACGUACGAGUCAGGGGCUGUACGCAAACGAUUACAGAGUGGAUCAGAGAGUGCACGAAAUCAACUGCUCUCUGAGAAACCACGUCUUGGAGUUGAGAAUAUGAUUGAAGACGAGGAAAUUAUAGCGGUUACCAACAGGCGACCAAGUUUUAGCGCCAUUAAUUUUGAUCUUUCACACCUUCAACACGUGUUGGACUCGCAAGACCAAGAGCAAACUCCUGAUCUAUCACCUGGUCCUACCAAACAAAUAGAAGAUACCCCUACCAUCGACAAUCAGCCCUCUGAUUCUGGUAAUGGCGUAUCCUUUCUGGAUACCGAUCGUAGUAGUGUGUUGAGUGACAAAAGGGAUGACGGGACGAAUCAGACGUCAUAUGAUGUCACAAUGGCCAGCUCGAACGUUUCUUCUGUUUACGGCGGUUCGUACCGUACCUUGAAGAAUGAUAAAGAGGUGCCAGUAAGUAAGCUCUUGGCAACUUUGGACAAUGACCCUGACUUUACAAUCCGAGAGUUCCUCCGGAAGUUCAUGCCGUCUCUUGGUGGAAACCUAGGACCAACGUUCGCUGAGGAUGUCCUGGGCAAGGAUGCUGACAAGUUGUAUCCGACUCUUGAUGCCUUGGAGCAGGAAAUGGAUUCCUCCUGGUCAGAGCUCAAAUCAAAUAUUCCAUCAAGAGCAGGUGGUGAAACCAACAGUAAGAAGAGCAGCAGGAGACACACCCCUCGCGUUGGAACGCCUUUCAGUGCACAAAGUUCAUCAGAUAGCUAUUUCUCCUCCAUCAGACCAUCCUGCUGUCAGGCGAUGGGGAUGGGUAUCCAUGAGGGCUUGGUAGGAGUCAAGAACAACUUCCAGGUGGAGACGUCGAAUGCUGGUGAGGGUUCUAUAGCUGUAUUCAUCCGAGGUCCUCGUCCCCAUACCGUGUGUGAGACAAGCGUUACCUUCACCGGGGAUGACCUGUACGAAGUGGUAUACGAGGUCAAUCUAGCUGGAUUCUACGUCAUCUCUGUCAAAUGGGGAGACAAACACAUACCUGAUAGUCCAUUCAUCGUCCAGAUAUCUUUCUAAACCUUUCAAACCUGACUCAAGUCCAGAGGAGUUAAUGUUGGUUGGUUGGUUGUUAUUUUUUUUUUUACCUGACUGCUAAGAAAGCAUAAAUGCUUGUAAGCAAGCAACCAGACGGCCGACGGCGUUAGGUCCUCUACGAGGGACCUGGUAAUGUGGAUUAUUGCCUUACCAAAGGUUCCAAACCGAUUGAUGCAGAAAUCACAUGAAUAUAUAGACGGGGAAGGGAAUUAUAUACAUCGUAUGUCAUUUUUUAAUGCAUUCAUUAUAUUUGUAUAAAUUCAAUUAAUAUCUCAUUUAAGACUUCCUCGUUUUAUGAAAUGGACUAUUUCGAUGAGAAACUGCUGCGUGGGAAAUGCAUCUUCAAUGUAGUGUAAAUUAUGUUAGUGAUGAUAAUAUCAUAGUCAUAAAAGACAGAAUAUUAUAUGACAAUGUCCACACUUUGGAGAGCAAAAAAUAUUAUUACUGCUUUUUCGUAGAAUUUACAAUUAAACCUGUCUAUGAAGGUCACCUAUUAAAGGAAAAAGAGAAAGUGGCAUCUGCAGACUUGUAGUCUUUCUAGACAGGAUCUACAACAAAUUUUUCUUUCGAGAGAGACAAAAAUCAUGACCACUAUAUAGUAGCCCUUUUAGAGAGGUGACCACUAGAGAUUUGACCGUUUUAUUGUCUUCUUGUAAUUGACGAAUUGCACAAAAGUAAGAUUGUGAUUUGAUUGCGAAUGUUCAUAUCUUCAAAUGAUUCAGUCUUGGAAAACUAAGAGUUUUGUGUCAGUAGCUACUUUUGUCACGUGCCUUUUUUUAAAGUCUUUAAAUCUCUUAUCCCUUGAAUACAUGCUGCAUAAAUCCACCAUAAACAGUGGUUUUAGCUAUAUAUUUACGUGUGUGCUGUAUUAAUGUUGUGGCUAUUCUUGCACCUUUUGAAGGCGAAUUCCAAAAUGGCAUGCCCGUAGUUGAAGUCCGAAAUAACAUCUCUAUACUAAACAAACUGAUUUAUGACCUUAGGACUGUUCUUGCAAACUUGGAGCGAUUAUUCUAGCACUUUUUAUCACAUCAAAUUUAUAUAUAUAUAUAUAUAUAUAUUUUGUUGGGGGGGG